GGAGGAGGAGGAGGAGGAGGGCGGUGAGCUGUGGGAGGGUCUCCAUUGAAAUAAACAAGUAGCCAGUGAUUAAAACGGGAACAUGGCGGCCGCGGCAGAGUCGGCAGCUCCGGCUUCCUCCUACAAAGCGAAGGUCAGCACUGGCAGCAGCCUGGGCGACACGAGCCGGAGACGUGAGUGACCUCGUGGGCUUGAGAUGUAUCUGAAUACUGAAGCUUUCAAACACACAACCUGUAGAACUGAUUUGACUGCCUCACUGAGUCUUGUUGCUGAUAUGUGUUUAAGAUGAGUGGGAUUGGUGAAAAUUCCUCUGACCCCACCCGGGCAGAGUCAAGAAAACGCAAGGAAUGUCCCGAUCAGCUUGGACCCAGUCCUAAAAGAAGCACUGAAAAACGUAAUCGCGAGCAAGAGAAUAAGUACAUAGAAGAGCUUGCAGAGCUGAUUUUUGCUAAUUUUAAUGAUAUUGACAACUUCAACUUCAAACCUGACAAAUGUGCAAUCUUGAAAGAAACUGUGAAGCAGAUUCGUCAAAUAAAAGAACAAGAAAAAGCAGCUGCCGCCAAUGAAGAUGAAGUGCAGAAAGCUGAUGUGUCAUCUACUGGUCAGAGUGUCAUUGACAAGGAUGCACUUGGACCAAUGAUGCUUGAGGCCCUCGAUGGGUUUUUCUUCGUAGUGAAUUUGGAAGGUAAUGUGGUGUUUGUGUCAGAGAAUGUGACACAGUACUUAAGGUACAACCAAGAAGAGCUGAUGAACACAAGUGUGUAUAGCAUCCUUCAUGUAGGGGACCACAGUGAAUUUGUCAAAAACCUGCUGCCAAAAUCUAUAGUGAAUGGGGGACCUUGGUCUGGUGAAGCUCCUAGGCGCAAUAGCCAUACUUUUAAUUGUCGGAUGUUGGUAAAACCAGUAACUGAUUCUGAAGAAGAAGGCCAUGAUAACCAGGAAGCACAUCAGAAAUAUGAAACUAUGCAGUGCUUUGCUGUUUCUCAACCAAAGUCCAUCAAGGAAGAUGGUGAAGAUCUACAGUCUUGUUUGAUUUGUGUGGCAAGAAGAGUUCCAAUGAAGGAAAGACCACUUCUGCCUGCCUCAGAGACAUUUAGCACUCGUCAGGAUCUGCAAGGCAAGAUAACAUCACUAGACACUAGUACUAUGCGAGCAGCUAUGAAACCUGGCUGGGAAGAUGUGGUGAGAAGGUGCAUUCAGCGAUUCUAUGCACAACAUGAGGGAGACAUGUCUUUUGCCAAGAGGCAUCAUCAAGAGGUGCUGAGGCAGGGACUAGCAUUCAGUCCUGUCUAUCGAUUUUCUUUGUCUGAUGGCACUAUAGUUGCUGCCCAAACGAAGAGCAAGCUCAUCCGUUCUCAGACUACUUGUGAACCUCAGCUUGUAAUAUCCUUGCAUAUGCUUCACAGGGAACAGAAUGUCUGUGGAAUGAACCAGGAAUUAACUGGACAAACAAUGGGAAAGCCAUUGAACCCAAUUAGCUCUAGCAGCCCUGCCCAUCAGGCCAUGUGCAGUGGGAAUCCAGGUCAGGAUAUGACCAUCAGUAGCAAUAUGAAUUUUGCCAUAAAUGGCCCGAAGGAACAAAUGGGCAUGCCAGCGAGCAGAUUUGGUGGUUCAGGUGGGAUGAACCAUGUGUCAAGUAUACAAGCAUCCACUCCUCAGGGUAGUAACUAUGCACUAAAAAUGAAUAGUCCUUCUCAAAACAGCCCUGGCAUGACACCAGGUCAGCCAAACUCUAUGCUUUCCCCAAGGCAUCGCGUGAGUCCUGGAGUGGCAGGAAGUCCUCGGAUCCCACCCAGUCAGUUUUCUCCUGCAGGAAGCUUGCAUUCACCUGUUGGGGUUUGCAGCAGCACAGGAAAUAGCCAUAGUUAUACCAACAGUUCCCUCAAUGCACUUCAGGCUCUCAGUGAGGGGCAUGGAGUCUCUCUAGGGUCAUCAUUGGCUUCACCUGAUGUAAAAAUGGGCAAUUUACAAAAUUCCCCUGUGAGCAUGAAUCCUCCCCAGCUAAGCAAAAUGGGAAGCCUGGACUCUAAAGAUGGCUUUGGACUUCAUGGGGAACAAUCAGAAGGUACAACUGGACAAGCAGAGAGUGUCUGCCAUUCAGGAGAACAGAAAGAAAAUAACGAUAACAUGCCCCAGGUUGUCAGUGGUGAAAGGCCUGAUGGACAGAACAGACUGCAUGAUGGCAAAAGCCAGACAAAGCUCUUACAGCUGCUGACCACCAAAUCUGAUCAGAUGGAGCCUUCACCUUUGUCUAAUACUAUGGGAGAUGCUAACAAAGACUCUAUGGGAGGUUUAUCUGGUUCUGGUUCAGCACAUGGAACCUCGCUCAAGGAGAAGCAUAAAAUUUUGCACAGGCUCUUACAGGACAGUAGUUCUCCUGUAGACUUGGCCAAGCUCACAGCGGAGGCCACAGGCAAAGAACUGAGCCAGGAGACUGGUAGCACAGCUCCUGGUUCAGAGGUGACUGUUAAACAGGAACCAGUGAGUCCCAAGAAGAAAGAAAAUGCACUACUUCGCUACUUACUAGAUAAAGAUGAUACUAAAGAUAUUGCUUUACCAGACAUUACCCCCAAACUGGAGCGGUCGGACAGUAAGACAGACCCUUCCAGUAGCACAAAGCCAGUAGUUAUGAAGACAGAGAAAGAAGAAAUGCGCUUUGAGUCAAAUGACCAGCCUGGCAGUGAGCUAGAUAACUUGGAAGAAAUUUUAGAUGAUCUACAGAAUAGCCAAUUGUCGCAGCUUUUCCCAGACACACGACCAGGUGCUUCAGCAGGAUCGGUUGACAAACAAGCCAUCAUCAAUGACCUCAUGCAGAUAACAGGUGAAAACAGCCCUGGUGCACCUAUUGGAACCCAGAAACCCACAAUGAGGAUGUCGCAGAGCACUUUUUCUAAUACAAGGCAAGCGCAGAUGGGAAGGAUGUUGCCAAACCAGAAUUUACAACUUGAUAUUGCAUUGCAAAACCCAUCAGGUGCUGGAACUUUUCCACCCAUAAGAAACAACAGCCCUUAUUCAGUGAUACCUCAGCCCGGAAUGAUGGGCAGUCAAGGAAUGAUGGGAAAUCAAGGAAACCUAGGGAAUAAUAAUCCAGGGAUGAUUGCUGGUAAUACACCUCGGCCUUCUAUGCCAUCAGGAGACUGGGGAGCCCAAGGUGCUGCUGUGAGGGUGACCUGUGCUGCAACAACAAGUGCCAUGAACAGGCCCAUUCAAGUGGGCAUGAUACGCAACCCUACAUCCAACCUCCCGUUGAGACCUAACAGCCAGUCUGGUCCAAGGCAAAUGCUUCAGUCCCAGGUCAUGAACAUGGGGGCUUCUGAACUGGAGAUGAAUAUGGUUGGUCCCCAGUAUACCCAACAGCAGGCUCCCCCCAAUCAGACAGCACCAUGGCCAGACAGUAUCUUGCCUAUAGAUCAGACAUCCUUUAGUAAUCAGAACCGACAACCAUUUGGAAGCCCUCCAGAUGACCUGUUGUGUCAGCAUCCUGCCUCAGAGUCUCCAAGUGAUGAGGGAACCCUCCUUGAUCAGCUGUAUUUGGCACUAAGAAAUUUUGAUGGUCUAGAAGAAAUUGACAGAGCUCUUGGGAUACCAGAACUAGUCAGUCAGCAGAGCCAAGCUGUAGAUCCAGAGCCAUUCUCAAGUCAGGAAUCAAGCAUCAUCCUAGAACAAAAGACACCUGUUUUCACACAGCAGUAUGCAUCUCAGGCUCAAAUGGCCCAAGGCAACUAUACACCAAUGCAGGACCCAAACUUUCACCCAAUGGCGCAACGACCAGGUUAUACAGCACUGCGGAUGCAGCCUAGGCCUGGUCUGAGGCCUGCUGGCAUAGUGCAGAACCCACCGAAUCAGCUGAGGCUACAGCUGCAACACAGACUUCAAGCACAGCAGAAUCGCCAGCCACUGAUAAAUCAGAUUAGCAGUGUUUCUAAUAUGAAUUUGUCUCUGAGACCUGGAGUACCUACACAGGUGAGGGAACAGGGACCUAUCAAUUCACAGAUGGUGGCACAGAGGCAAAGGGAAUUAUUGAGCCAGCACUUGAGGCAUAGACAGAUGCAGCAAGUGCAACAGCGAACUCUGAUGAUGCGAGGACAGAGUAUGAAUAUGACACCAAGUAUGGUGGCCUCUGGUGGGAUACCAGCAACCAUGACCAACCCACGGAUUCCCCAGGCAAACCCUCAACAGUUUCCAUUUCCUCCAAACUAUGGAAUAAAUCAGCCAGAUCCAGGCUUCACUGGAGCUACCACUCCCCAAAGCCCUCUGAUGUCCCCAAGAAUGGCUCAUACCCAGAGUCCCAUGAUACAGCAGUCUCAGGCCAAUCCUGCCUACCAGUCCUCCACAGAGAUGAAUGGAUGGGCACAAGGGAACAUGGGUGGAAACAACAUAUUUUCACAACAAUCUCCACCACACUUUGGGCAGCAAGCAAACACCAGCAUGUACAAUAACAACAUGAACAUCAAUGUAUCCAUGGUGACCAACACAAGUGGUAUGAACAACAUGAACCAGAUGACAGGGCAGAUCAGCAUGACCUCAGCAACCUCUGUGCCUACAUCAGGGUUGUCCUCUAUGGGUCCUGAGCAGGUUAAUGAUCCUGCUAUGAGAGGAGGCAAUCUUUUUCCAAACCAGCUACCUGGAAUGGAUAUGAUAAAGCAGGAGGGAGAUGCAUCACGGAAAUAUUGCUGACCCUGAAGAUUGCUUGUAUCUUCAACUGACUGGGCUGCCCAGCCCAAACUACUUACCAGUUUGAAGAGCUGCAUAUGUUUGGUUUUGUCCCAAUUGUUCUGCCAGUCAGUUCUGCUGGAAAAACUAGAGUUUAGUGCUGCAAACAGAACGACGCCACUCUGAGUGGAAUCAAAACCAUUGUUGGUGGAAGAGCAGCCUCUUCUUUAACAGUCUGAAGCUAGCGUACAGACAGUUGCUCAGUCUGUUCACUGCAUUCACCUUAGUGCAACUUAGAUCUCUCCUGCAAAGUAAAUGUUGAUAGCCAGUUUUCAUAAACCGUGUCAGAUUGAAUGUAUUUAAAUGUAUGUAUUUAAGGAAAACCAACCAUGCUCUCAUUCUGUUCUGUUUUUAGUUUUAGAUCCUGAUAGCUUUCUUUUGUUAUCCUUAGCUACACAGUCAAAGGUUUUUGUUCCUUCUGGAAAUCAAUGGUUUUAUAUUACCUUUACUUUGGGAGGUAGAAAGUAGGCUGGUUGACAACUCCCAGAGUGGUAGAUGACAAAAUGUGGAGAAUAAACCUCUAACAAAUUGGUUUGGGGGAAAGCGAUCUACUGGCUAGGUAUACUGUACUAGAAAACAAAAGCAGUCAUUCUUAAUAGGUUUACAUUUGUAAACGGGUUAAAAUAUCCUGUGAGAGGGCUGUUGAUAAAGUUUGUUCCUUAUUUUGAAAAAAAGAAUCAUGAGUCAAACAACUUCUGUUUCCAUUUUAAUUGAUUUCAACAACUUAAACGUUUACUAAAUUUUGCAUUCUUUUUCUUCUGCCUUCAAUAGCCCUUUCUCUGUUUCUUUUCUGAUAAGAUAGAGAAAUGAGUAACCCCAAACUAGAUCCCUAGGUCUGUUACCUGAGCUCUAGGUUUUAGGUAACUACUUGCUAAUGACUAUAAAUAAAGGUGCAUCUAUUGGUGAUGGAAGUGGCAGGAUUGAGGCAUAAUAUCAGAGCUAAAGGCAUCUGAUUUAAACAAUAAAUUUCAUUUUCCCAUCUCCACAACUGGAGAAAACAAUGACUUAAGCUAUGGCAGAUAUCACUACAGAGUUAACCAUCACGUGUUCUAAUUAUUUUGAAGCAGUGUGGACUACAAGGACAUUUUGUAAGGUACAUAAAAACAAGUUUCUAUGUAAACAAGCAAUAAUUUAAGUUGAAGACUUUAGUGUUUUAAUUGUAUAAUUUUGUGAGGUAUACAUGUUGUGGAGUUGAUUUCCAAAUGAGGUACUUCAGUAUUAAAUUAGAUAUCUUCAUAGCUGUGUGUGUGUCUCCUGAGGGGGAAAAGUGUUUUGUAAAGGAUCACAAUGCCUUGAUUAGACCUAAUUUGUAGGCUUGAGACUUCAUUUUCUAAACCUUGCAAUUCUGCUCAUAAGUCAUUUAUCUAACCUUAUAUGCAGCCACUGUAGGAGCCAAUUCUUGACUUUUUUGUAUGUUUAUAUUCUUUCUUAAUAAUCUUAAAGAAACUGUUGUUCAGCAGGCCACUGCUUAAGGUGGUUUUACUCUGCCUGCUGUGGUUUGAGUAAUCUUUUAAUAUAAGCUGGCAUCAGUUUCUGAGGACUUGAAAUAUCAGGAAACUGAUUGUUUUCGACCUCCUGUUUCUCUCUUCUCCGCAGUCCACACACUUUCGUACCUGAACUCAAAUUUUAGAUGUUAUUUAAAAUGCAAUGCAUUUAUAUUAUCUCAAUCAUCAUUCAUGUCUUUGGGAGUGGAAGGUUUGUUACCCUACAAUCUUGUUUGUUUGUGAUGAGGGUUAAAAUAUACAAAGAGUCUGAUUUUCAUAAAGCACUGAAAAAAUAUAUUAAGGAAUAUAGAAUGCAUUUCAAAUCAUUUGUUUCCCGUUGAGUGGCUGUCCUAUUACAUGGGGAAGAACUGCAGUUCUUAGCGUUACCACUUUGUAGGUUAAACUCAAAAGUAGUAUUUAAACAACUGAGCCAUCUGGUGGAAAUAAAAAAUAGACAUCAGUCUGAGUUCCAUAUCAUUGAGAAAAAGUGUUUUCUUUUAAUCAGAAUUAUGUGAAAAUUAACCUAACUAUUGAAUUAAAACUCUUUGCUUUGGAAGACAAAAUUAGUUUAAAAUAAUUGUAAUUAUUAUUUGUCAAAUCUGUUUUAUUCAAAUCUAUGGUUUAAAAGAAGUAAUUAUAAAUAAGACUUCAAAGUAUAUCUGCAUUAUUUGCUGAUACUGUAAUUAAAUUUAAAACAAAGUAAUUGUGUCUAUCACAAAUUUAUUUGUUUUAAUGAUUGUUACUUUCAUCUGACUAAAUGAGAUAAAGGCAGCAAGUUUAAGCAUUUCUUAGUAUGCUAAUCAAGACAAAGUUAAUGAUGCCAAAUCAUUUUUUAAAUAUAAUCAGUAUUUUUGAUUCAGUACACAACAAUAUUGCUAAAGACAGUAAUUGAGUUUUAUGUUUGAAAAUAGAUCAGUGUUCUCUCAUAUUAAAUGUGAAAGAAUUGGAACAUAAUCAGUCAGAAAAAUAUUCUUGUAUAUCUAACUCCACAGGACAAAGCUUCAUUCAACAAGUUCAGGUAAGGUAAUAACAUAACAGAUCUUUUUCAACAUUUAACUAGUCACUCAGAGUUUUAAAAUAUUGGCCCCACCUGUCUUUCUAUUGGUCUGUAUUAACUGAAGACAAUGUUUUUGUCAUUUAUACAAUGCAUUUUUAAUCUGUGUUUAAAAAAUGGAGUUCAUAUGGGCUUAACACGAUGAAAAAGGUGGUUCAGCUCUACUUGCAAAACCCAAAGAUACACAAUCAGUUUUGAAAUGCAACUUAAGCCAUUAAUUGUUGGUGUGAAUUUAAAGUUUUCUAGUAUUUGUAUGGUAGUAUUGCUGCCUAAGAGCAAAAGCAUUCUCUGCACAAAAGAAAAUUACUGUAGUGGCUUUGGUUUUUAAUUAGAAUUUUCUCCCUGGUGUUUCUUUGUAGACUAAAAAAAUCUUUUCAGUUUCUUACUACAGGUAAAGCUAUGUGCAAGAACCUCAAAAUGCUAAAAUCUAGCAUAAUGCCUUAGAUCUGUUUUUAAGUCUUGUAUAUUCCUACAUAGCUGUCUGAUGUAUUAUAUUUGUAUAGUGAAUUGUGUACAAUUUUGGAAUAAGUGCAUCAUCACUUAGCUUUCAGUCGUUGAGUAGAGAUGAUGGACACAUUUCUUUAAACAUUGACUCAUUUUUUUUUUCUUUUUGUCAUUUGUGGGUUUUAUUUGUACAGUUCCUCAUGAAGUUACAUCUGAGAUGUGUAUGAGUGUGUGUAUAUGAAAAGAUUAUACGAGGGUAAAACUAAGCAAUAUGUAAACUAUGGUUCUUCAGGAGAAAGCUUACAGUGUUUUCAGGUUGUGAUUUAUUUUCAAGACUGAGUUGACUCUGAACAUCACUUUGUUCACCUGCAUUGAUGUUUGUAUUUCUAGUGUGAGCAGUUUAUGCAAAGGUAGAUAUAUUCAGAGAAAUUUUAAAUACAUUUAUGCAAGUUAAUAUUGCUUUGCUGAUGCUAUUUGCUUAUUUGAUGUUAAAUAAUGCUAUUGUAAAUAAAGAAUUCUGUUAUUGCA